ACAAUUGAAAAAACAAUUUUAUCUGUAUGUAUAUAAAAUAUAGCAGAAUAAACUAGGCAAUGAGUAGUAACAAACAUUAAGGAAUACUCGUACCAUGAUUCCAAAAUUCCAAAUAUAUUCUUCUCCCUCUUUUGAUCCCAUCAAUUUUGACACCCAAAAUACACUUACCUCAUCAGUCUCUCUAUGCAUACAUUAAUAAUAUAUAUAUAUACACUCGCUCACUGCAAGCACCAAAAUUAGGAGUGAGAUGGAAACAUGGGAAUUGGUAGGCUAUGGAUAUUGAUUAAUGAUUAAAUGCACUUAUUUGCAUCUUAAAAAUUGGGUAUAAAGAGGGUGCUUAAUAUGCAUUAUCAUCAUCAACAGCAUCGAGCGGCUACCAACUCUCUUCUCUUUCUUUAACUCUCAUUAUCUUCCUUCCUUUUUCUUCUUCUUCUUCUUCUUUUUGUGCUGUUCUUGUUUGUUAUCAAAGAGUGGCUCCUGGGUUUAAAGAAAGAUCAAAUCUUUCAUAGACAGGCCACCGAGAAAUUCUUCAUCAAACAAAAGAAGAAGAAGAAGCAGCAGAAGAAGAAGGUGUUUGUUGAUGUUAAUGCAGUAUAAUCAAUUAGACAUCACUGACAAGAGUAUGAUUAUGGAUUUUGGGAAAUCUUGCAUCUUUCUCAUCAAGAGUAACUCCUCUCUCGGUGCUUUUUCUUAUUCUACUUCUUCUUAUUGUUUUGCUUCAUCUGGGUUUUGUGAUUACUGUUGUGCUGCAAAAUCAUCAUCUUCAUUUUCACACUCCUUGUCUUUUGGAAGUGAAUUUCCAGAGCCCAAGUUUAUGGAAUCUAGCAUCAAGCUUUCUACUUCCAAAAUCGCUACUGCUCCUUUUGUUUUACUUUAAUACCUCUCUCUCUCUCUCUCUCUUCACUUGUAUGGUAUUGUCAGACUCUUAUCUGACAUUAUUUGGUUGAAGCUCUAAGCAAUUCCCUUCUCUUCUACUGUCUGUCUGCCUCUCUCUCUCUUUCUCUCUCUCUUUCUGUGUGUGUGUUGUCUCUUUUAACAAAGAAAAGAAAGAAAUGCUGCCUGCAUCACUGACCCCUUUGUGUAAUCCUCUAAUGACUUGUACUACUACUACUUCAACAAGAACCAUGUCAGCAAUUCACUUUGAUCACAGACCCAUGAGGUAUGAUCAUGAUCAACGUUGGAUGUGGAUGAGAAGAAGGACCCUUUUUCCAUGGACUAGGAAUGUGGAUGUGAAAACUGCUAUUGUUUCAGUUUCAGUUUCAGCUUCAGCUUCCCCUCUUUCUACCAAUCAGAUGACUAUGGACUCAUCCCGCCUCAAUGUUUAUCAGGAGGUUGUCAAGUCUGCAAGGAAAAAAUUCACCCAUGAAAUCUCCUUUCAAUCUAAAGAUAAAGACAUCUCUCUCGCAAAGGCUUUGCUGUACAUUGCAGCUGAAGAUGAGGCAUUUAUUGCUUUCAAUAGAGAGAUGGAUGUUCGCUCCCUCCUAAAUGAAAGGAGAACUACUUCAGUCCCACUGGAUGAUCAAAAGUGGGAUUGUUUGGAGCAAAUGCCUUUGUCUGGAAAGAACAUAACUGAGUGGCUUGGUGAGCUGGACAGCAUAGCCAGAGAAGUUGAAGCUGAGCUUGUUUCAAGAGAUAUAGGCUGCCAUUUAUCUGAAGUUUUGGAUGCCGUAAAUGUAGUUCUUUUUGAUUUAAGAGGCUUCAAAAGGUCGCCUGUUGUUGUAGAUUCAAAGUAUUCAUAUUUACCCACUGUUCUCAGCACUGGAUGUGGCAGUGCAAUUUUGCUUAGCAUAAUUUACAUUGAAGUUUGUAGACGACUCAGUCUGACCAUUGUGGGAUCUCGAGUUGGGGAAGAUUUUUUAAUAUGGCCCCAAACAGAGAACCUAGAGGAGCUCUUCAAGGUGACUUCAGGGCAAAGUUUAUUUGCAAUUGUCAAUGGAAGGUGUGUGGAGGACCCUAGAUCAAAGGCAUCAGAUUUGACUAGCAAUUCACUUUCAGGGCUUGAGAUAGCUACAAAGCGAGACAUUAUUGGGAUUUCUCUGGCUAAUUUGAUUAGGCUUCACUGGAAACGUGCUUCAAGGUCAAGUCACGGGUUGAUGUUGACUUCUCCACUGAGGCAUGUUCAUGAUGCUGAUGAGAAACAUAAUAUGGUCCAUAAUUCGAAUGUUCCUUUGCUUCGGCCACGAGAUCUGAGGCUGGCGAUCAUGGCUUCAGAAAGACUGCUGAUUCUGCAGCCGCAUAAUUGGGCUUUGAGGAGGGACCAUGGCAUGAUGUUGUACUAUAAUAGGGAAUAUGGGAAGGCUGUGCAAGAGCUUAGCAUCUGCAUGGCCUUUGCUCCAGAAGAAGAGGCAGAAGUUCUGGAACCAUUUGUAGAGAAACUGCACUUGUUGCGGCUUGAAUCAUCCUGGAAGUCUAUGGGGCAUGCAAGUCACCUUACAGUUCCUUGACUUUACCUCUUUUUAUCUGUAAAUAGUUUUCCUCUCGCCCUCUCCAUGUAGACUUUGCUGUGAUAAUCACGAAGGGACACUCUCCAUCUCCAUGUAGACUUUGCUGUGAUAAUCAUAAAGGCACACACCCAUCUUAUGCGACUUA